AUGGUGGAGCUGGAGAAGGAGGUUCUGCCGCUGCCGCCGCGGUACCGGUUCCGAGACCUGUUGCUCGGGGACUGGCAGACGGACGACAGAGUGCAGGUUGAGUUCUAUGUGAAUGAAAACACUUUCAAGGAGCGUCUCAAGCUGUUCUUCAUCAAAAACCAAAGAUCCAGUUUGAGAGUUCGACUGUUCAACUUCUUCCUGAAGGUUCUCAGCUGCCUGCUGUACAUUGUACGAGUUCUCCUAGAUGACCCGCGAGAGGAGAGAUUCUGGUCCCUCAUUAUUUGGGUGAACAGACCUCUGCCACUCUGGGCUCUUCAGGUGCUUGUUGCAUUCAUCGGUUUUUCAGAGACCAUGUUGCUGGUGUACCUCAGCUACAAGGGUAACGUUUGGGAGCAAGUGUUGCGCAUUCCGUUUAUUCUGGAGAUGAUCAGCGCCGUUCCUUUCGUGAUCACUGUGAUUUUGCCCUCCCUCAGAAACUUGUUCAUUCCUGUUUUUCUGAACUGCUGGCUGGCCAAACAUGCUCUUGAGAACAUGAUCAAUGACCUGCACAGAGCGAUCCAGCGCACACACUCGGCCAUGUUCAACCAGGUGCUCAUCCUCAUCAGCACUCUACUUUGCCUCAUCUUCACCUGUAUUUGUGGUAUUCAGCACCUGGAGCGAGCAGGGAACAACCUUACUCUGUUUGAUUCUCUGUACUUCUGUGUGGUCACCUUCUCUACGGUGGGUUUUGGUGAUGUCACACCUCAGAUCUGGCCCUCUCAGCUGCUUGUGGUCAUCAUGAUCUGUGUGGCUCUUAUAGUUCUGCCAAUACAGUUUGAGCAGUUGGUUUUCUUGUGGAUGGAGCGACAGAAGUCUGGAGGGAACUACAGCCGUUACCGUGCCCAGACUGAGAAGCACGUGGUGUUGUGUGUCAGCUGCCUGAAGAUAGACCUACUCAUGGACUUCCUCAAUGAGUUCUUUGCACACCCCAGACUGCAGGAUUACUAUGUGGUCAUCUUAUGUCCCACUGAGAUGGACAUCCAGGUGCGGAGAGUACUCCAUAUCCCUCUGUGGGCUCAACGGGUCAUUUACCUGCAGGGAUCUGCUCUCAAAGACCAGGACCUGAUGAGGGCCAAGAUGGAUGAUGCUGAGGCCUGUUUUAUCCUAAGCAACAGGUUUGAAGUGGACCGCUUUGCUGCUGACCAUCAGACCAUUCUUAGGGCCUGGGCUGUGAAGGACUUUGCCCCAAACUGCCCUCUCUAUGUGCAGAUCCUCAAACCUGAGAAUAAGUUCCACAUCAAAUUCGCAGACCACGUGGUUUGUGAGGAAGAGUUUAAGUAUGCCAUGUUGGCCCUCAACUGUGUGUGCCCUGCCACCUCCACCCUGAUCACCUUAUUGAUUCACUCCUCUAGAGGACAGGAAGGCGGUGCUAGCUCAGUCGAUCAGUGGCAACGCAUCUACCGGCGCUGUGCGGCCAAUGAGGUGCACCAUAUCCGGCUGGAGGAGAGCAAGUUCUUUGGAGAAUAUCAGGGAAAGAGUUUCACCUUUGCCUCCUUUCACGCACAUAAGAAAUAUGGAGUGUGUCUGAUCGGAGUACGCAGGAUGGACACAGCAAACAUCCUCUUGAACCCUGGGCCCUGCCACAUCAUGGGAGCCUCCGACACCUGUUUCUACAUCAACAUCUCCAAGGAGGAGAACUCAGCCUUUGUUAGGGGCCACAGGGAGCCAGUGAGGGGCCCAGGAGUCGACUCCAGAGGGGUCCCUCAGACAGUCUAUCAUGGGCUUACUCGCCUACCAGUACACAGCAUAAUAGCCAGCAUGGGCACUGUAGCCAUAGACCUGCAGGACUCCAGUGACGGCAGUCCAGAGGGCACAGGCCCAUCAGUGCUGGGUAGUGAGACUGUCAGCAGGAGUGGCUCCAGAACAGAAGUGGGGGGCUGUAACACUCUAGCACUGCCUGCUGUGAGUGGCUCUGGGGAGGAGAGAAAACACAGCAUCGCCCCCGUCCUGGAGAUGGUGGAUGGGGUGCACAGUCCCACGUUUGACCUGCUGGGUGACCAGUCGGAGGACGAGGGAGGAGAGGAGGGAAAGGAGGAUGAUGGAGGGGAGCAGAAAGGCCAGUGGUGGGGCGGGCACUGCGAAUGGGUUAAAGGCUAUCCGCUGAACUCUCCAUACAUUGGCAGCUCUCCUGCCCUCUGCCACCUUCUGCAGGAGAAAAGGCCAUUUUGCUGCCUGCGCCUGGAUAAGGCUUGUCAUCAUAUGCCCUAUGAGGAUGCUCGUUCAUACGGCUUUAAAAACAAACUGAUCAUCGUGUCUGCAGAGAGUGCUGGAAAUGGCCUCUAUAACUUCAUCGUUCCUCUGAGGGCGUAUUACCGGCCCAGGAAGGAGCUUAACCCCAUUGUUUUGCUACUGGAGAACUUUCCUGAGGUGGAUUUCCUAGAAGCCAUCUGCUGGUUUCCUAUGGUCUUCUACACAGUGGGCUCCAUUGACAAUUUGGAUAGUCUUCUGCGGUGUGGUGUGACAUUUGCUGACACCAUGGUGGUGGUGGACAAAGAGAGCUCCAUGAUAGCAGAGGAGGAUUACAUGGCUGAUGCCAAGACCAUUGUAAAUGUUCAGACACUCUUCAGGCUUUUUCCAGCUCUCAGUAUUAUAACAGAACUUACCCACCCGGCCAACAUGCGUUUCAUGCAGUUCAAAGUCAAAGACCAUUAUUCUCUGGCUCUCUCCAAACUGGAAAAGAAAGAAAGAGAGAGAGGUUCCAAUCUAGUUUUCAUGUUCAGAUUACCGUUUGCAGCUGGGAAGGUGUUUAGUGUCAGUAUGUUAGACACUCUGCUGUAUCAGUCCUUUGUGAAAGACUACAUGAUCUCCAUUACCAGGCUGCUGCUUGGGCUGGACUCCAUGCCUGGAUCUGGAUUCCUGUGUGCUAUGAAGAUCACAGAGGAGGAUUUGUGGAUUCGCACUUAUGGUCGUCUCUAUCAGAAGCUCUGCUCCUCCACCGGAGACAUCCCUAUCGGUAUCUACCGAACUGAAGCUCAUAAACUGCCCGUCUCAGAGUCUCAGGUGUCCAUCACUGUGGAGGACUAUGAGGACACGCGUGAGCCCCGUGAGCCUCUCCUCUGCCGCUCUGGUGUUCAUCGUAACUCCACAUCAUCUGAACCGCCCUCCUCGUCCUCACAGGCCAUGGACCACCCGCUCCUGAGGAGGAAGAGCAUGCAGUGGGCACGGCGCUUGAGUCGUAAAGGUGGGAGGGGCUCCAGCGGUGCCAAGGGAGUGGGGAGUGCUGCCGAGCACAUCAGCCAGCAGAGACUGAGUCUGUUCCGGCGCUCAGAGAGACAGGAGCUCAACGCCUUGGUCCGCAUGCGCAUGAAGCACCUGGGGCUCUCAUCAUCUGGAUUUAAUGGUAUGACAGACCAGGGCAACAGACUGUCCUACAUUCUCAUCAACCCGUCCCCAGACACACGCCUGGAACUCCACGAUGUCGUGUAUCUGAUCAGACCAGACCUUCUGUCACCAGUGCCUAACCAGGCCAGUGGUCGCAAGCCCAGUGCAGGGCAAGCAGAGGGACACAGAUUUGACACACAGGACAGCACUCAUCUAUGAACCAGUCACCAUGGACCACCAGCAUGAACACGAUCACGUGUGCAUGGUUGAGAAGAAGAGUGAGUGAGAGAUGGAGUAAUGAGUUGAACAGAAAGAGAAGUCCUAGAAAACAA